AAAAUUUUGUUUUGGAUCCCACAAAACCAACUGACAUCACUGUGUCCGGGUGCAUUGUUUCCUCGUUCAGUAGUCUAUCUAGCCUGCUGCUUUUCCUUAAUACCUGUCUUUACUUAUCACUAUCCUCAGGAGAUACCAUGAGUAAUCCGAUUGGAGAUGAUGCACAAUAUGUCCAAGAUGAAGAAGGCCGGAUAGGUGAGUUGCUCUGCUUGAGGAUUAAAGACCAGUUGGAGGAUUUGUUCUCAAACAGCCACUUGGCAGAGGACGGCUUCCUGCUAAAACAUGUGCAGAAGAACAAGCAGGGCUACGUCAGUCUCAAGCUCCUCACUUGUUUGAAAAAGAUAAAGGUCCUGACCACAGACUGGCACAUGACUCGGAUAGGAGCAGAGAGUUCAGAACUUCUGGAAUUGAAUGAUGAAUGCAACAAAGUGAGGCGGAUAGAGCCGCUUCCCAAAUGGCUUCUGUGUUCCCCCACCAGCAAGUUCCUCCUUGCCUCAAACAUUUUUUUGGAAAAAAACGGAGACCUGGAGCCCCCUUUGCUCUCAGAGAGGAUCCUCCGAAAGUUCAGCGCUCACGGCAGCAUUGCUUCACUGUGGAUCCUGCCCCCUGGCAAAGAGCUUCCCAAGGAGCUACAGUGCUAUGCCAAGCGUCACAAAGAGCUUGGCCAACAUUUGUGUGCAGUGGUGAAGUUUGACCACUUGGAGGCGGUUCGUAAAGCCUAUAAUGUCCUGAAAGCAGAGCAGGAGAAGUCUAACGGCGAGGGCAUGUGUGUGGUACCUUUGGGCUUUCAGUCAAUGCACCACGUCACCAAGGACGAACCAUCAGAGGAGAACGAGGACACACCUGAGGACACACCUUCUCAGGAAAAUUCACUUCACACCUCAGCAGAUUCAGUCCAGGAGGAACCCUCUUUGCCAGUGAAAGUUUCUGACAAGAUUCCUGAUGCAUCUCAGCCCCAAGAGUCCCUGCGCAACUCCAUGCAAAAAACCUAUGAGCAGAUCUCCACCUGCUCUUAUGGUCAUUCCUUCUCUGGUUUGAAUCAGAGGAAUCAGAGGUACGGUAAGAUGAGCUGGUGCUCUGGAGACUAUGAUAAAGAUAAAUUUCAGAGCCCCUGGGUGCUGAGGCGCAAAUUUGCAGCCAGUGCAAAAAAACCCAAGGUGCCGGGGCACCUGAACAUGUCCUGCUUGAUGCAAAGCGUGCUUCGUCAGCCCUUCAGCUCUGACGGCACCAGGGGCUUUCAGGGCAGAGCUGCAGAAGCUGCUGCAGCAGGAAGAAAUCAAACUCUCCCUUGGAUGUAGUAUUACUGCCUGUGCUCAGUAACAGUGGCAGAUUUGUUGAGCAACAACACACUGAAAACAUUUAAAGGCUGAUGAAGCAAAUAAAGUAAUUUGUUUUUGUAUUGAACAACAAAAACUAUUCAA